UAGGUAGUGUCAUAGUAUGUUGGUUUUUCCCGUGGACGGCAUAGAGGUGGUGAAGGUAGCAGUGCAGAAGACAAGAACACCAAGCACAAGAUGUCAGAGGUUGCCAAUAACAUUAACGAUUAUAGAAAAUUCUUCUAUGGCGUUGGCCUUCCAGGAAUGUGCUCUUGAUGAGUCAAUCGUUAUGCACCAAAGGCUAAGGAGAUGCUGACACAUACUGAACUGCUUUAGUCGGUGAGCGAUGAACAGGAUAUUGAAACGUAUAAAAUGUGUCGGUAUUUCAUACAAGAUUGUGUAAUGGCAUCGUGAACAGGCUUUUCAAAGGCGUUAGAUGUGCACCUGUCUGUCUGAGGCUGGGGAAAGGGGAAAGAACCAAUGGAGGAUGUACGAGCGGAGCUGUAGAAUGCGUGACGGAUGACUGCUCUUCUGCAGUGUCGUCAUUCAAAGCCCACUACAGCCAGCGCCAACCGCCACCCGUUCUGCAUCAAAGAAUGGAGUGAGAUCAGAGACCUCCAAACACUCCAUGGAGUCCACUUGCGUGAUGAUGACAGCACACGUGACAGGGAAACUGCCAGCGAUGAUCGUUACGGAAGAAAAAUGAUAUGCACUGCACGAAGAUAAACAACAGGUUCCUCUUGCAGACUGGUUCCGGCUUGGAACUGUCAUCAUCGUGAGACCAUUUGUCGAAACACUGGCCACAAGCACGCCGGACCCACCCUGGCUGUGUAAGAGGGUACGUGACUGGAAUAACCAACACACAAGAGGCUGAUGCGCACGACAGGUGAAGUUUGUCAUCAGUCUGAGCAAUAACCAGAUCAUGUUUGUCUUUAGAGUGGUUUUGGUUGCCUUGAUAGUCACUUGCACACAGGCGGCAUGUCCGACGGUGGAACCUGUGCCAGGGACGAGUCCGACUGCUAGCUGCAUCACUGGACGAAGUGGUGCUGCGUCUGACAGACAGUGCACCGUUACCAUGACUCAAGGCUUUAAUAUCUCCGUUUCACCACGUCCCAUAAACAGAGAUCUUUACAAUGGCUACAGAUAUCUUACGGUACAGAGGUCAAUAUCACCUGCUCCCCCAAGACGACAGACCCGCUGGGCUCGCAGGACCUCAUUUUUCUAUAUCCGUGUUCUGGAAAUAAGGACUCCAGACUGUGGUCAGACCCCUCGCCCAACAUGACGACCCUGACUUUGAGCAGCUCUUUACCAGCGGGAAGGUAUUGGCUGGGCUGUUGGGCCGCGAGCUGCACGUGCGACGCGUCGCCUGAUCUUGCAACGUGUGAAGCAGCCAAAAUGUCGGAGGGGUGCAUGGAUGAUCGUCUUGAUAAUCCCACCCUCAUAACAGUGCUAGUGGGGAAUCCGUCUCCACAGCCCACAAACUUCUGGUGUAUGUCUUACGACUGGCUCAACCUGAGAUGUGGUUGGACAUUGGGCAGCAGGGAAGAUGGGACAGUCUGGUCAGUGUCCUACUGGCCUCUCACUCAAAAUAGUGGAUCACCCAUACCCAUUCCCUGCCGGUUAGGAGAAGAACUCACUCAGACCGUAAGUAAGGGUCAAGAAGUAAACGUGACGUGUACAGUGGAGCAGCAGUACUUCCUCAGGAUUCAGACUAUGUCUUCCAGGUUUCUGACAACAACGUCUUCGGUAGCGUCCGGGAAAACUUCACCACGAAGACAGACAGAAGCAUCGUCAAGCUGCUCCCUAUAAACGGACUGACAGUGGUCACAGUGCCAGGUAACUCCACUGUGCUUAGUGUCUCCUGGGAGCCGGCUGACAGAACUAAAGACACGGACUGUGAGUGGCGUAUUGGGAUACAGGCCAAGGUGGACGUUUGGAUGGCGAUGGAACGAUGGGUGGAGUAUGCUGAAAAACCUUGCCAGUCCAGCCAUAUGUUACUAGAUGGCCUCCACGCAUAUGUUACCUACACGGUUCAGAUACAGAUAAGACUACUGGGCAGCCAGUAUUGGAGUGAUGAAACAAAGGUGCAAGCUACGACCCCAGAGGACAAGCCCUCACAGUCUCCGGAACUGACCCCAGGAGGUUACGUCACGUGGGACUGCCGUCAGCAAAAAUGUCUCAGUUUGUAUUGGAAAUCCGUCCCAGCAGCAGCUCAGAACGGCGAGAUCAUAUACUAUCAAGUGGUGGUAAAAGAAAACGAGACGAUUGUGACCAACACAACUGAGAAAACAAGCGGCAACAGCAUGACGGUAUACAUCGGACAACGGGAUGACGUCACUCUGGUCGUUGAAUUGUCGGCCGGCACCUCCGUUGGCUUCUCAUCCCCACCCAGCAGAAUCGACAUACCACCCCGGCUCGAGACACCAGUUCCCAGUGGCCCAGAAGAGGUGAACGUUGAAAGGCAACAAAAUUCAGUGAACGCAGCAAACGCCACGUACACGGUGACCUGGUCCGCUCUCCCUGGCCAUGACCAAGAUGAUUAUGUCACUGUGUUCUGGUGCAAAAGUAAAGUCCAUCCAGAUGUCCCCAUCGAGUGUCUGGCUGGGAUGGAGUGGACACACCUGCCCCCAAACAUCACAGCCCACACGCUUGAUCUGGGGGAUGAGGUUGGUCGCCAGUGGUACUUUGGAGUCUCGCGCACGCGCAGAAAUGUCAGCCGCGGGGUCACGUGGAACCGCUGUGUGUACGACUACAUGGGAGUUCCCAGUAAGCCGACCCUACAAGCGAGCAUCAAGAGUGAGACAGAAAUGACGGUUAGCUGGGAUUUCAACAUGUGUGACAUCGCGUUUCUGAAAGGGUUGCCAGUGACGUAUGAGAUUUUCUACCGUAAGACCGACUCUGCAAAUCCCUCGUGCCUUGGAGAAAGCGCCCGCAAUGUCACGGCUGAAGUGGGCGUCAAGUCGGAAGUUCUUGACAACCUUAUCUACGGCGCCACCUACGGUGUGUGCAUGAGGAUUCUUACGGCCAGGAACGCCAGUGACGUCAGUGACGUGAAAUUGGCGACCGUGGAGACCCUGUCAGUUGAAAGUACAGACAGGAGCAAUGUCCCGGUCUUCGCUGGUGUCUUGGCUGCCAUCGUUGCUGUCAUCAUGGCGAUAGGCAUACUAGUCUUUCGUUGGAAACUGCAACUAAAAGCUACGAUGUUUCCUUCCGGAAACUUAUGGUUACCAAAGCCCAAGACCCACGGCAGGUGGGAUGUCGAGAUCCCUGUAGAGCAAAGUCUGGGUACCGGUUCUUCACCAAGUCACACAAUCCAAGUGCCACAUGAUGCAGAAAUACAUGACCAGCCGGUCACACUGGAGUCCACAACCUUUCGUCCUGGGUGUCGCCGGUACUGGACUCGAACCCCACCAGCAGUGAGCGGAGGUGCGGCCCCAGAGAAGUUUUGCCGCCAGCCAACAUCAGUCAAUCAUCGCUGGCUCUUGUCAACGGGUAUUUUACACCAACAGUCGGCGAAAACGACUCGGCGGGUGCCUCGACACAAUCACCAUGCAAUGACUCUCGUGCAAACCGUACAGGCUCUGAAAACAAGUCCUCAAUGUCUGCUGAGUACUGCACAGUUCAACCUGUCGCCCACCCCGCGAGUCAGACAGUCGAAGUCGAAACCCAGCGUCAGAUCAACGAUCGCGGAGCAGAAGGAGGGUCAGACAAUAAAGAGGACACGGUACGCGAGUCAUCGUCCCCCCAGAGGCGAAAGGUCAGGAGCUCAAACACGGACCGUCCUCUGGACCAGCAGGUGCUGUCGCUGGAGACCUGUUUGCUGCAAGUGCGACGCGGGCAUCAACAACACCAUGGAGCUACAACCUCUAACGGUGCGAUCGAAACCAUCGCUACAUGGUGGAUACAUAUCGGAGUCAUCUUUGUGUAAGUCAUAUGAUGUCAAGAUAAAUAACAUUCCACGUAAUGGAUACGUGUCGCAUCACUUCCCACUGCUUCACAAAAUUUUUUUAGAAAUGAGGCGGUAGAGGGCUGUACCGAGGUAAGUGCGAGGGUACAGAACUCUCCCAAAACAUUGGACUGCAGCCCAGAGAUCGUGACGAUGAGCGGGCUGUAGCUAGCGACUCACCACGUGACGUUCGCAACUCUCGAAGUGACGUUGAAAGAUCUGAAUACCUUGUCUUAGACAAUACUGUUGCUGACAAAAAGACUCACUCAUCAUAUAAUACAACGACACCUGGUGCGGACGCAGUUCCUAAUGCCCAGGGC